AUGUCAAAGCAAGUAAUUAUCAACAAUAGUCUUGUGCACAUUCACGUAAUUCGAACUGCUGUGAACUUAGAGGCCCUUUUCCUCCACAGCGGUAGCCGGGAUGCGUCAAAUUAUAGAUUGAUCCCUGCGCUGUCACGGCUCUCAACAGAAGGUCGUUUGGGCCAAGAGCAGAGCACACCAGCACUAUCCCCUCCGCCCCAAGGAUCUGCUCCAGCUGGGCCGCCUCCGGUGCUUCCUUACAAUCCUUACGCCAAAGCAUGCUAUGACUGCAAUCACCCUGCAGGCACCGUCCACGUGAUCACACAUGAGUGUCUAGAAGGAGACGCCCUCCGGUGUGUUAUCAAGCCUGUACGGGACGAUGUGCCUCUCGAGCUGAACGACUACGUUCGGGCGGGUGAUCUCUUGAAGUAUCUUGAAGCCACAUCUCCCCCAAAGGACGGCCUGCCUCCUCCGCCUCCUCCGCCCGCAAGUUCUACCGCAGGCCAGCUCUCCGGUUCCCCAGCCGUGCUCACGAUCACUGCUACACCCUCAGGUGGCUCGACAACCAUCACCACGAUGUAUACCCUGCCGCCCCACCCCUCCCUCCUGGUCCCCGGUUCCAGUCAAUGCUUCGUGGGCCCUCCAGCUGGCUCUUCGUCCAGCUCCUCCUCCGAGGCCCCCGUCACAACUAUCACCUCCAAGACCACGGUCGGCUCUACCGUCCUAACCAUCCCUACCACCAUACCCGUCGAUUCCUCCAGCGUUGUUGUGCCCAUUAGCUCCACAACGGUCCCUAUCAUCUCAUACACGACGACCACAGUCCCAAACUUGUUUUCCUCGUCGCCGUCCACACCAUCGUACCUUUCCCACAGCUCCUACACCACCUACAUCACAACCACGUCCUCGUGUCCCGUCUGCGCAGUCACAACUAAGACCAUCGUCAGCCCCGUUCCAGCCGCGGUGAGUAGCUACAUCGUCGUGACGGCGACGUCGUUAUCUGGCCCGCCGAUCACGACGACUAUUGCGGUGCCCGCUGCGUCGACGCCGAAGUCGACGUCAACAGCGGGCCAGAGCACGCAGGCGCUGGAUACAGCGACCAGCGCGACACCCAUCCCGCCGAUGAGCACGGUGCUUCGACCGCCCGGCGGCUGGCCGUUCGAGCUCAGCAGCUCGCGGGGCAACAACAAUCUCCGCCCGACGGUCUCGGGAGGGCCGCCUCAGGGUAGUGUCGUUCCCGCACCAGGGACCACGAGCAGCUCUUCGGCACCGGCUGGCCUUCCUACUGAAUUUGUGCUCGGUGGACCUGGUGGCAUCUUUAGGCCUCCUGCUUCGUCUUCAAGGGCGGCUGCGGGGCCGGCGAUCGCUACGGAUGCGGUUACGCGGCUCAUCGCUGCUGCUCCACGAGUUGGGGGACGGGUUGCGGAUACGCAGUACAAGCGCAGCGAGGCUCGCGAGCCCAGCUCCACCGCUGCGGAGGCUGACUGGGUCGGCUACGAUGAUUCCUGGGACAUUAAGAAAGGCUUGAAGAUCCGCGGCGCGUCCCGCCACCAUCCCGACUCCGCCAUCAAACUCACACCGCACAUUGCGCGCAUUGUCCUGGGCGAUGGCCAGACGCUGAACCCGAAUGCGAAACUAUUCCGCAGACUCCGCGCGCAAAAGCUUAUCCUGGGCCCGGAGGAUGUGGAAUUGGACCGGCGUGCGGCGAGGAGUGGACAGGAAGGUGAGCCCAGCAAGGAGCAGCCUGUUGCGGUGAAUAUGGGAGAUGACUUGGUGGGGGGUUGCACGGAAAGGCGUUAG